AUGAAAGGUCGUUCUCAUCAACAUGCACGUCAUGCGAAGCGCGCCGAAUUAAAUCAGGAAGAUAUCAUGGCAGCACCAAUUGAGGUCAGGCAACCAGAUCCAGAACCAGCUUUACAAACAAUUGUAUCGGUUGUUUAUGUCACCGCUUCACCAACCUUUAGCGGAUCGAUCGCAGGUUACUCAACGGUCGGACAAGAAGAUGAAACAACAUCAUCGGCUGAAGAGACACACUCCUCAACUAAAACUACAGCCGCCAAGACCACUGCUACUUCUUCAAGUGCAAGUCACACAACCACUUCUGCCUCGACUCUGAAAACCUCCGCUUCCAGUUCUUCCACUUCUUCCGAACUUCCCAGUUCCCUCGUCGCCACUACGUCGGUAGGAAGUUCGGUUGCUCUUCUCGCAGCCACCGAUAAUGUACCGACAAGCACCGCAGUCGCCUCCUCUACGGGUGCUUCCUCGGCCAAUGCUUCCUCCACUGCUGCAGCAGAUACAUCGAGUUCCGGUAUGAGUGCUGGUGGUAAAGCAGGAUUGGUUAUUGGUAUUUUGUUAUUGUUUGGAGUUGGACUUGCUCUCCUUUUAUUUUUCUUCAGAAAGAAGAAGCAAGCGGCCAAGGCUGAACGUCUUGAUGAUGAGAAAUCUGCCAUGGUAGCGUCAUCAGCUCGUCGCGCGGAAGCCACACGCGUAGAAGUUCAACGUCAAGCAAGUCAACGUUCAAAUGGAGGAGGAGCAGCUGCAGCAACAGCCGCUCAUCGUCUAUCUCUCCGCCCUGUGACACAAUUCCAACCCUUCAAUGAGAAAACUGGAGCCAGUCAAGCACCUUCUCAAAUGGGUGGCAUGUUAACCCCAGUGUCAACUGCGCCUAGCUAUCACUCACAACAACCUCAAGACCAGAACAGGAACAAUCCAUUUGGUAACCACGCUGAAUCUAUCGAUACCCCUAACACCAAUGGCCCACCUAUUAUCGAAGGUUUCAACGACGGAGGUGAAGUAAUUGCUACUUCUGCUGUCGUUGCUGCUGCUGCAUCGUCUCAUGCUUCUAAUUCUCCAGCUCCAGCCCCUCUCAAGCCAGUUGGUUUAGCUCGUAGUGCUUCUAAAGCCGGUAAUGGUCUCAAAAUGGAUUUCACUACUAAGCCCAACACAGUUUUGAGCCCACCAAGUCCUUCUGGUUCUGAAUUCAGUACUGCAUCAGGUGCUACUCAAGCUCAAUCUGUAACCGGUUUGGCUAUUGCUGCAGCUGGAGGUCCUCCUAAUACUACUGUUCACCGAGUUCAACUUGAUUUCGUUCCUUCCAUGGAUGAUGAACUUGAAUUGAAAGCUGGCCAAUUGAUCCGAAUUUUGCAUGAAUAUGAUGAUGGAUGGGCUCUUUGCAUUCGUCUCGAUCGUUCUAAACAAGGUGUCGUUCCUCGAACUUGUCUCUCUACUCGUCCUGUUAAACCACGCCCUCAACAACCUGGUCCUCAGCAACGUCCCAUGUCACCUGGUAUGAAUCAAGGUCCUCCUCGCGUUCCGAACAAGGAUGGCGGUCCACCUUAUCCAUCUUCUCCAAUGAGACCAAAUGGACCACCCAAUGGACCUCCAAGACCCAUGGGACCAAAUGGACAAGGCCCUCCCCGUGGCCCUGGCAUGAAGCAAGGUCCCCCGAGAUCUAUGUCCCCAGCUGGACCACCAAGACCAAUGGGUCCAAAUGGACAAGGCCCUCCUCGUGGCCCUGGUAUGAUGCAAGGUCCUCCAAGAUCCAUGUCACCAGCUGGUAAUAGACCCAUGACUCCACAAGGUCAACGACCAAUGGUCCCUCCCAAUCACCCAAAUCAACAAAGACCAAUGACACCUCAAGGCUCAUCUGCUCCAAGACCAAUGACUCCACAAGGUCAGGCGACCGAACAACGACCAACCACUCCACCAAAUCAUGAAGUGGCUCCACAAAGUGAAGGACGUGCUCGAAGUGAUUCGGAUACCGAUCCUAUCUCUAGACAACCAAGUCCUACAUUGAUUACAUCCGCGCCAACAGAUAGUCCUUCAUCUCCACCAUCUGCUCCAAACAUCAGAAGUCCAGUGGAGCGAAAGCCUGUUCCAGGUCAAGCCCUGUAA